UUCACAGGAGGGUCCUUCUACUGAUGGUGGAAGAGGUCGCUCGCCAUUAUUGCGUCACGGAUAUUUAGGGGACUUCACCGAGAGAUAUUUCUGCUCCAUGGGCCAUGCCGAACAGCGCCAACUGAAGCCGACCCUCUUCUCCUCCUCCUCCUCCUCCUCUUUCUGCGCUUUUGCCUUUUCAAUUCGUCCAUAGGUCAGCCACAGCCACAGCCACAGCCACAGCCCAACGAGAGAAAAGAAGGGGGCGAAAAAGGAAAGAAAGGAAGGAGCUUUUCUCUUUAAUCGACUCGCGCAGGCGUCCAAUUUCCCAAAUUUCGGAGCGAAUCCCCAUACGAUUCCUGCAGAUUCAGCGGGAAUUCCGAAAUUCCUCUCCCCUCCCUAUUUGGGUUUCUUUAUUCUUGCCGAAAGAAGAGUAAAAAACCAGUCUUUUCGUCCGCGCUCGCCUUGUCGGCUUCUUCUUCUUCUUCCUCCUUCCUGCUCGUGGUUUCGCGGCGCCACUGCAACUUGCGGCCGCAGCGAUAAUUUGGGCAUUAGCGGAUUCGAAUCCCGAGGAGGUUUUCAGGAUAAGUGCGCUGCCAGGAGCUGGUAUUGGGGGAAUCAAAUUUGGGUUCGAGAGCUUCCCGUGGAUCUGUUCUUGGGUUUCGUUUGUGGCGCUGCCGAGCUGCGGAGUUGUUCGGAGUUGCAAAGGUGUGGGCUUUUUGAGCCGGGGUUUUUGCUUUGAUGACUGCCGAUGAAGCGGUGAGCCCUAGUGGUUCCUCGUGGAGUAGGGAACAGGACAAGGCGUUCGAGAAUGCCCUGGCCACCCACUUCGAGGACUCCUCGGAUUGGUGGGAGAAGGUGGCGUCCGACGUGCCCGGCAAAACCCUAGAGGAGAUUAAGCUUCACUACAAGCUUCUGGUCGAGGAUGUCGAUGGGAUAGAGUCUGGUCGCGUGCCCCUGCCUUCCUACAAUUCGUGCUCCUCCUCGGAUGGCUCCGCGAGUAACUUAGGGGAGGAGGACAGUGGGAAGAAGGGGGGCGGUUCGGCAAACGGCGAGUCGAACCAGGGAGGGAAAGGUUCGAAGUCUGAUCAGGAGAGAAGGAAGGGGAUUGCUUGGACGGAGGAAGAACACAGGUUAUUUCUUCUAGGCCUAGACAAAUAUGGGAAAGGCGAUUGGCGAAGUAUUUCCCGGAACUUUGUCGUCACCAGGACGCCUACACAAGUUGCAAGCCAUGCACAAAAGUAUUUUAUCCGACUGAACUCGGUUAACAAAGAUAGGAGGCGAUCUAGCAUUCAUGAUAUCACCACCGUGGGCAGUGGAGACCUUUCAGCAAGUCAAGGCCCUAUUACGGGUCAAAAUCAAACAGAUGGCUCCACGGGAGGAGUAUCUUCUGGCAAAUCUAACAAACAAUCUCCUCAACCUCCAGCUGUGACGUCAGGUGUUGCAGUUUCAGGUUCUCCAUCAAUUGGACAACCGGUGGGUGGCCCUUUUGUUUCUGCUGUUGGUACUCCAGUAAAUCUCUCUCCCGCGCCGCACAUGGCAUAUGGUGUUAGAGGUCAAGUACAAGGCACUGUGGUUCCUGGUGCGCCAAUCAAUAUGGGCCCCAUGACUUAUCCGAUGCCACAUGCAUCGGCACACAGGUGAAGCAGCUUAGGUUGUACAAUAUCGGAAUGGCGAAGCUAUUCUCUGCUUUCGCUCCUGUUGGAUGAUGGAAUGCUUGCAGUGAAUCUGAUAAUAGGAUGGUUUAGUGCGAAGACAACUAUUAUUUCUGUUGCUUUCAAAUAAAUCGUAGUGGGAGGAAUAACAUCAAUCUAUAGUGGCAUGGCGAAGAUGUGGCAUUUCAGGGCAUCAAAGCGUACUGUUGUUCGUUUGUUUAGAUCCACACUAUGGUGCUAGAAGUAGUUCAUCAAAGUUCUUUUCAGCGGUGUCAUUUGUAAAGAAGUGUUUGGGUUGUAGCGAUUAGCAUUACAGAGAGCGACUUCAUGGCAAUGCAUUUUAAAUUAUGAUCUGCUUGCUUUUGCCUUGGGAUAUUCAAUGUACUAUGGUGGAUUUCACCUUUAAGGAGGCAAACAUGGGAAAUAUAUAGAUGUCGUGGCUA